UCUUUCCAUCUUCUUAUGUCAAAUAUUUUAGAACUAUUUUGUGGAAAUAUAUUGCUUAUGUUCUUAUGGAAGAUGCAGUUAGCGAGAAUGGAGAAAAUUGGAGUGUGGGUCAAAGGCAGCUGGUCUGCCUUGGCCGUGUGCUGCUUAAGAAAAGUAAGGUAUUGGUGCUUGAAGAAGCUACUGCAUCCGUUGAUACUGCUACAGAUAAUCUGAUUCAGCGGACCCUCAAGCAACAUUUUUCCAACUGUACUGUCAUUACAAUUGCACAUCGGAUAACUUCUGUUCUUGAUAGUGACAUGGUUCUGUUACUAAAUAAUGGGCUUAUUGAGGAACAUGAUUCUCCAACAAGAUUGCUUGAAAACAAAUCAUCAUCUUUUGCACAACUUGUAGUAGAGUACACUGUGAGGGCAAAUUCGAGCUUUGGGAAGUAAAGUUGCUGAGAUUAUUUGUGCUCUAUUUGACUCUGGCAACU